AGAGGAGAGAAAAUUAUAUAAAAAAAAUGUAUUUUUAGAAAUGAAAGAAAUGUGGGAGAAAGAUGUGAAGAAGAGCAAACAGAGAAUUAAAAAAAAGAGAGAAAGACCAGAUGUUGACAAAUUUCAUGUCACUGUUCUUAGAAGAUCGUUUGUUUCCUGAGAAUAUUUCUUCACCUGGGAUCUCCCUCUUUCUUUCUCCCUAGACUCCAUCCCAAAGCAAUAAACUCCUCUCUCUCUAUAUAUAUUUCCCCUUUAUCUCUCUAGAAACAAAAAUAAAUAUUAGAACUUUAACAAGAUUCUUUCUUUCUUUCUAUCUUUGUCUUUUGUCCUGAUGACGAUCUAUGGUGUUAACAGAACACCCACUUUGUUGUUUUAGCUGUAUUGUCUUUUUUAUUACUGUAUUUUUGUUGUUUUAAAGCUUUAAUCUUUUGUUGACAUCCUGGCAAGCUUUUGGGAGCUUUUGAAUUUAUCUAUGAUGGGGAAGUGUUGAAGCUAAAUCCAUGGGAGAAUCUCGAAUGAGUCUUGAUUAAAGGAUGUGGGUCUGAGGAAUGGGAACAAAAGUUCAGUCGAAAACCUGUUUGCCCGGAUAUUAUUCAAUGAGGGAUCUCAAUGAGGAUUCGAACAGUUGUAGCUGGCCACAUUAUUAUGAGGAUAAAACCUUGACAAACAGUCAGCAUUACAAUGGCUUUUUCUCGAGGGCCAAUGUCAAUGCGUAUCUCGGGUAUGAUAAGGACACAUUGAAGAGAAUAAUGCUCAAGCACGAGGCUAUUUUUAAGAAUCAGGUGUCUGAGCUUCACCGCUUGUACAGAAUACAAAGGGAGUUGAUGGAUGAAUUUAAAAAGAAAGAUUUACAGAACAAUCAGAUUCCUAUUGAGCCAUCGUUAUCAUCAAGCCUGUUAGCGUCUCAAAUUACAACCGAAGAGGCUAACAAAUGGCAUAUCCCUAGCUUUCCGGUGGCAAACUCUCUUUAUGGUCUACCGUCAGUUUCUGGUGUUGAAGAUACUUAUUCUCCCCUUAGUUCAGUGAAGGGAAGUAGCACCCGGGCCGAUCCCUUAUCCGGGAAUGGAGGUAACAUAAAGGAUGCUGAGGUGUUAGAGUGCAGGCCCACAAAAGUAAGAAGGAAAAUGUUUGAUCUUGAACUUCCAGCAGACGAGUACAUCGAUACUGAAGAAGCAGAGCAAUUCAGAGAUGACACAGCAUCUGGCAUGUCAAGUUAUCAUCUGAACGGAAAUGGGAAAAUCGGGCCUGCGAGUGGUGGGAAGCUAUUUCGUGUAGGGAAGACUGAUUGUCUCGAAGAUGCUUCAAGAUCCAAUUCAUGCUCGAGGGGCAAAAAUAGUUUGGCUGACUUGAAUGAGCCUGCUCAGAUCGAAGAAACUGAUGGUUCUGCAUUUUCACACUUUCUAGGCCAUGAACAGUCUGCUAACCCGAAGCAAGAGCUUCCUUGUUUGCCAAAAGACGUUUCUGUGAAUUCUCUUCGCGAAAGUGAGAAGAAGUCUGUAAGUAAUGCGCAUGUUGAGAAAAACGGAACCGUGAGACGAUUCUUCUGUUACCUGCUUGAAGCAGGGCAUAGUGAAAGCAACUCAAAGUCGAUUUCUAGAGGUUUUCAUCAGCAGAAGUUGCCUGUAUCUACUCAGCAGGUAACCGAUCAAAGCAAGGCUGAUCUCUCGAAAGAAAGAAUGCUUCGAGGUUCAGAAGUUCCCAAAAGAAAUGGUGAAAUCUCGAAUAACAGUCAUCCAGAGUCGAUAGUCAUGUCUAAUGUACCUAGUUUGAAUCCAUAUGAUUCUUCUGAUGUCAUAAAGCAGUGGUCUCAUUCGGUUACUUCUUGGGACAAGCCUUCCAGUAGCUUAAGCGAGAAGUCAAUGACAGUUCCAACUCACCCAUUUUUGAAUUCACCCGGUCCUUUGAGUAAGAGUUCUGUGAUGACAUCCCCGAGCAUUGGGAUUUUCGGAGGGAAGUGGCAGGUGAGUAGCAAUUCUAGACUUAAUCCAAGUUUUGUAAGCGAAUUUCCCAAUCGAAAUGGUUUUUAUUACGAUUCCUCAUCGGGGUCCAGGGAAUCUGCAAUUCGCUUCCCGUCAGUGAGUUAUGAUAGUAAGGUGGUCUCUGAGCACUUCCCUUCUCAUAGUUCAACUAAGCCUUACGGCUGUUCAACUAGCGUUGAUAUGAAGUCAACGAGUGGUGUAAAUUUGAAUGCGGUGCUUUCAAACAGUGCAUCUAAUGAGCCGGUUUUGCAAUGCGGUACUCGGGUAGAUGGAGGAAGAAACUGUGAAGAUCAUCUCCGAAGGCUACCGUGGCUACAAGCCAUGCCUUCUUGUAAGAAUGAGGCCACAAGUGCUGGCAAUGAUUUCAGUCAAAAUGUUACACGGGAUGUGAAGUCGCUUUCAUUCGCCAAUAACUUUGAUACCAGCAGUAGUGAAGUUAGUGAAUAUCCGCACAACAAAGAGAUACCCGGGAUCCCCAUUUUCGAAAAGCCUUUUGUAUCUAAGAACGAAUCUUCUUUGAUCGCAUCGCAUGCGUCCGUUCCUCAACGUUCAGAAGUUGAAGCAGAAAAUAAAGGAAGGAAUACGUUACUUGAUAUUAACUUACCUUGUGAUGCAACUCUUCUGGACAUGAACCACGACAUCGUUGCAGAGAAUUCAGCGAUAGAGAAGGAAACAAAUACAAAGGUCUCAAGUUUCCGACUUCAAUUGGACUUGAACUCCUGUGUUGACGAGGAUGAAGCUUCUUUUAUACCCUCCGUUGCGAGCACCGGUACGAAGACAACUCGAGGGAUAGAUUUGGAAGCCCCACUAAUUCCUGAGCCUGAAGAUGUCAUUCGUGGAGAAGAAUUACUGGAAAAGGCAUCUGAACCAUCUUUGCAGUCAACACAAAGUAAAGAUCACUAUGUGCAGGAUGAACUUGCAAAGAUUGCAGCUGAGGCAAUAGUUGCCAUCUCAUCAUCUUUUCAGGACAGUAAUUCGGAUGAUGUUGAUUGCAAUUCAUCUGAAAACACUAUUACAGACCCCCUAAAUUGGUUUGUUGAGACAAUUUCCUCUUUUGGGGAAGAUCUCGAGAGGAAGUUCGAGUCUAUUACUGGCGGUAAUGAUAGAGAUCGAGAUGAACCUUCCUUGGAAGAGUUUGAUUACUUCGAAUCAAUGGUUUUGAACUUAAAAGAAACCCGGGAAGAGGAUUAUAUGCCUGAGCCUCUGGUACCUGAAAACUUAAAAGUAGAAGAAACAGGAAGUACAUCUUUGUUAACGACUCGAGCACGAAGGGGACAGAGAAGGCGAGGAAGGCAGCGGAGGGACUUUCAAAGGGACAUCCUUCCAGGCCUUGUUUCCCUAUCAAGGUAUGAGGUAACGGAAGAUCUUCAGACAUUCGGAGGACUUAUGAGAGCGACCGGUCAUUCAUGGAACUCUACCAGAGCUGGGUGUGGCCGAGGGAGGCGACGGUCGGUAACUAGUUCCUCUCCUCCAGUAGCUGCCACAACUUGCAUGCAAUUGACACAGGAGCUUAAUAACAUUGAAGUGGGGCUGGAGGAUCGAAGCCUUACUGGAUGGGGGAAGACAACUAGACGGCCUCGCAGGCAACGAUGUCCGUCGGGUAAUCCUCCAUCUAUUGGAUUAACCUAAGAAAAAAGA